AUGUUGUCGCACUUGUCUGGUUCGGCUGUCUCGGCUGAGCAGUAUAAAAGCUUCUUACAAGAGAUAAUCAGCACUUUAAUCGCAGCAAUGCGCACCACUUUUGCGCUUUUCCUGGUGUUGCCUGCUGUCUUAUCAAGCAAGAUCUCAACUGCUCGCCCCAAACGACAAUGCCCAUGCGCCGAAGUACUGCCAGUGCCACCACCAUGCAAAUGUCUAGCUGGAAUUACUGCGCAAUGCACAUGCAUGAGGCCAACAUUCCAGCCCGUCUGCCCGUGCGCUGUGCAGUUGCAGCUCUCGCAAUGUCGAGCAGCUUGUCUACGCACGUGCACUUCUACCUGUGCUCGUAGCGUCUUUGCCGCCACUUGUCCAGCUUCUUGCGGAUAUUCGUGCUCGCACUCAUGCAUGCAUCAACAAGUCGUUCCUAUUCACGUGGUAAUGCCCAAACUCGUCCCUGUAGAGCGGUGUCUUCCGGUAUGUCAACAGUCGUGUACGAGAUCUUGUACGACUGUGUUCACAGUCGAGACGUGCACUCUACUGUGCCCGCAACCGUGCGAACGGAGGUGUAUCAAGAUGUUCCCCAUUUUGAAACACAAAGUGACCAAAAUCAGGACAAUCACGGAAAAGCGCGUUUUGACAGUUAAAAAUUGCUUGGCUGCAUGUAGGCCAAGAUGCGAGCCUCAGUGUAUCUAUGCACGACCUUACCCAAUGGCAACUCUAAUCGAAGAAAGCAGGCCAAUUAUUGAUAACAGAUUGCUCCCAUAUCCAGGUCCAGUUCCUCCAUUCCAAAAGCCCUUGCAAAAACCAAAACACGAUGCAUCCUCUGAAGAGAUGUUGGACGCUGAUCAAUCGAAAGCUGAAGAACUUAAUCCCAAUCUUGCUGCUCAAAAAUAUAUCCAAGAGCAAAGUUCUCGUGAUAUGCAUUCCCCAAUAAAGGAAAACCCGGACCAACAGCAAAUGCCAUUCAAACCCUCAUUUAGCCCACCUUUGCCAAUAACAGAACCCGUAUUUCCAGAAUUGCUGCACAACAAUCCUUCAGUUUCCCAACGAGCCAAUCAUCCAAGGCUUUAUAGUUUCGAUCAAGAAGAAUCUAUCGGUUCGUAUCGAGACGGCUUGGGAGGCUACGAAUAUCCUUCUCGAAUAGAAUUUCCGAAAGAUGCUCGAAGUGGCUGGCAAUCUGCUAUCCCAGAGGACAUGGCAGCGAUGCCUGAACAAUCUGGAAAACAGUCUUCAGGGCUUGAUGGAGCGGAAGAAACUUUUCCU